UUGUGCACGGAUUAGCCAAAGAUGGAUGGAUACGAGGGUGACGAGUACGCCAAAAUUCUCAGUACGGGUCCGCCAAAAUUUUGUUUGCAAGUGACGUCACUAUUCAAGAUGGCAGCCGCCUUGUUGGCAGUUCUGAGUUUCUUCUGCUGUAUAAAUCCAAUUUUUUCGGAGCAUUUUAAAGAUGGAGAUAAGGUUACUUUAUAUGUUAACAAAGUGGGUCCAUACUUUAACCCCCAUGAAACAUAUCAUUAUUACCAGCUACCAGUUUGUAGACCUGAUAAGGUUGAAACAAGAAGUUUAACCUUGGGUGAAAUUCUAGAUGGGGAUCGAAUGGCGGUGUCCAUGUAUAACUUGAAAUUCAAAGAAAAAACCGAAAACAAGGAGCUGUGUUCCUUGAAGCUAAAAGACAAGGAUAUUGAUAUCCUGAGAGAAUCUAUUGAAGAUCUUUAUUACUUUGAGUUUGUCCUUGAUGACCUGCCUGUAAGAGGAUUUAUUGGUCAUCUAGAGGAAGGGGGAUUCCUACCCCACACUCACAAGAUAUACUUGUGGGUGCAUCAUCAUUUCCACAUAGAGUACAAUGGUGAUCAGAUUAUUUAUGCAAAUAUCAGUACACGUGAUCGGCAGCCAGUUAGCCUGGAUGAAGUGACAACCCCAUUGGAUGUUCAGUUUACUUACAGUGUAUCGUGGCAUGAGACACCACUGGAGUACAAGAACAGGGCUGCUCGUCUUGGAAAAACCAGCUUCUUUCCAAAGACACUAGAGGUCCACUGGCUGUCGAUCAUCAAUUCAAUGGUGCUUGUGUUUCUACUCAUUGGUUUCGUUGUCAUAAUAAUGAUGAGAGUGUUAAAGAAUGACUUCGCUCGUUAUAACGUUGAUGAGGAAGAUGUUGAAGAACUAGACCAAGAUGAAAAUGGCUGGAAGAUCAUUCAUACUGAUGUAUUUCGCUUUCCUCAGUAUAAGAAUCUCCUUUGCUCAAUGUUAGGUGUUGGAAGUCAGUUCAUAGCAUUGGCCACCUGUAUUCUACUGAUGGCUCUACUGGGCAUGUUCAAUGUGCAUCGCCAUGGUUCAAUGAACACAGCAGCUAUCCUUCUUUAUGCAUUCACAUCAUGCAUAUCAGGGUAUGUCAGUAGCAACAUGUAUAAACGUCUAGGAGGUGAAAGUUGGGUGUGGAAUAUAAUUCUUACAUCAUCCUUAUUCUCAGUACCUUUCUUUUUUGUAUGGAGUAUUGUGAAUUCUGUUGCUUGGCACUGGGACUCAACCCAAGCCCUUCCAUUCACCACUAUUUUGCUACUCAUUAUCAUGUGGAUACUCAUUGGCUAUCCAUUGACUGUGAUUGGUGGUAUAUUUGGUAAAAACUUUGCUGGAAGUUUUGAUGCACCAUGUCGCACCAAGAAUAUUGCUCGUGAGAUUCCAAGUGUACCUUGGUAUAGGUCGGUGUUCAUGCAUUGUGUAAUUGGUGGAUUCCUUCCAUUCAGCGCUAUAUCAGUGGAAUUGUACUACAUAUUUGCCACACUAUGGGGGCGUGAGCAGUAUACCCUGUACGGAAUUCUUUUUGUCGUGUAUGGCAUCUUAUUGAGCGUGACAGCAUGCAUCUCUGUUGCUCUUACAUAUUUCCAGCUCUCGAAUGAAGACUACCGAUGGUGGUGGCGUUCUAUAUUUAGUGCAGGAUCAACUGGCAUGUUUGUCUUCUUGUAUUCUAUUUUCUACUACUACAAGCGAUCCAGUAUGUCGGGCUCAUUACAAACUGUUGAGUUUUUUGGAUACUCAAUUCUUGCAUGCUACAUGUUCUUUCUCAUGCUUGGCACCGUCUCAUUUUUUGCCUCGCUCAAGUUUAUCCGAUACAUUUAUGUCAACUUAAAGAUGGACUGAACACCAAUGUAAGGGUACAUUUAGAAAAUCAUUGAUGAUAUUAAUGAGUUUCUUAAAGUGACUCUAAUGUUUGUGCAAGUACAGCUGGAUCAGAACACAUUUUUGUAGAAUUUUGUAAGUAAUUGUAUCGAGUUGUAGAUGUGAAGCUAAUUGAUUCGUUUACUCGAGUACUUUUUAAAUAUUUUAGUCUACUUUUUUAUAGUGACAAACUUAAAAAUACUGAAUGUCUGGGACGAGUAAAACAGAAAUAAUUGUGUGAAUGCGCUUUUGUAGCAGAGGCUUUAUUUAUUAAAAUAUAAUACAUUCAUAUUGUGGGAGCAGUUGACACAGUGGUUGCGUUUCAGUCUUUCAACCUUGUUGUCAGGGAGUCGAACCUUCACUGUAAAUUCUUCUUGUGUUCUUGGGCAAACACUAUCCAGGAGUGCAAAUGUGUAGGAUGGUGUGCUGUUGGAUAUAUUAAUCUGUGCUACCUUAUAUUGUAAGGAUGACUAGAUGAAAUCCACAGAGUUUGCAAUUUGUUGCACUUCGUCCCAGAUAUUCUGAACCCAAUCAGCAUAAGUAAUGAUGGUAUCCCUUGAUAAAUGGUGCAGUAUAUUUCUUCAUUUUACAUUACAUAAAUGAUAUCAGUUUCAGGCAUGCAGACAUUCCUUCUGUGUCAUUAAAAGUGUAGUACUAUUACUACUGCACUGUUUAAGAUGACGCUUUAUUGUAUAUACAGGUAAUUAUAUAUUUUUCAUAAAGGAUUUAACUUAAGAUCCAUAGAUAUACAAAUUAUCUUUAAUCAUUUUCUUUUAAGUCUCUAUACUUGUUUUUUUUUUUUUUUUUUUAGGUAAAUCAUUAAACUAGACUUUUUUGGGGGGUAAAAAUUUAAAGAUACAAGGUAUUAGUUUGUAUAUUAUUAUUAUUAAUUUUAUUAUUAUUAUUAUUUUUAUUAUUAUUAAUAAUAAUAAUAAUAAUAAUAAUAAUAAUAAUAAUAAAUGUUGGGUUAUAGAUAACAUCAUCUAUGUUUAUUCUAAUUGGCAAGUUUUAUCAUGACACAGUUAUUUAUUCACGUAC